AUGGAGAUUAAAGGCGGGUCGCCAAGCUGUAAAGUAUGUGGAAAGGGGCACAAGGGAGAGUGCUGCUUCAAAGACAAACCGUGUCCGGUAUGUGGGAAGACGGGGCACACUGCAUCGCUAUGUCCCGGAAAAGUUUUCGUUUGUUACAAAUGUUAUCAACCCGGUCACAAGAAAUCUGAAUGCCCCGAGUUGGUGGGAAAGAGAGACACAAAAGAGUCUCUAACAGAAGCUCCCAAAGCAAAGGCUAGGUCCUUCCAACUUACCGCAGCUGAAGCGAAAACAGAACCCGAUGUGGUUUCAGAAGUUGAAAUAGGGGAUAACAAAAGCUUUAUAGUUUGUGAUGUUUGUCGAGGCUGCAAAUUAAGCAUCGACGAUGAGGAAUACUUGAUAGACCUAGUUCCGAUGUCAAUGGGGGAAUUUCAAGUAGUCGUUGGGAUGGAUUGGCUAGCCCAACACCAUACAAAAGUUGUGUGUUUCCGUAAAGAGAUAAAACUAAUAUCUCUGAGCGGGAAACACGUCACCAUUUAUGGCGAAGAGGAGGUAACCCCAUAG